AUGGCUUUUGUACUGGUCACUGAAGGAUAUAUCGCUAAAGUUAAUAGACAUAUGGGCGGAUUUUGUAAGAUUUGGGUUACAGAUGUUAAUGGUAAUUAUGUAGCUGGUAAUAAAAAUUACCAUAGAUGCGACCUAGACACUAGAUUUAGUAUUGAUACAGGAUCUAGUGAUGCAUACUAUCUUAAUGCACAUGUUAAAGCUAGUACUAAGAAAACAAAGCAUCGUGGACCAUUUGUGGCUGAUGCUGCUAUGAUAUUCGUGGUUUUACGUUUGAUUGGACAUUUAAUCCUUACGAAUAUUGCGAAUAACACGACUUUAAUAUACAUGGAUAAACAUGUUAAAAUUAAUAAUUCAUCAUAUUGA